UAUCCUUAUCUUUGUGGAGGCAUUUCUUACCAGCGAGACCCCGGACUGGUUUUUGAGUCUAAUGAGUUUGAACAAUCUGCUGCAGAUCCUGAACACGAACACGAACUUUUGGUUCUAUGCCGGGAUGAACCAAAAAUUCAGAAACGGUCUAAAAUCUCUCUUCUGCGGAAACCUAACGCCACCCAUUCAGCAGGGUAUUGUUCCCCAGGAAAGGAGUAUUGAACUACAACCAAUUAAUAGAUCUGAUAGAGAAACUAUUAACAAACUAACUGAACAACAACUCCAGAAUCAGGAUCAAGCAGGAUGUGUGCCUCUGGAGAAGCAAGCUCUUAAACAGGAUUGUCUUGGUAGCUUGUUGCUUGGAAAUCAAGUUCAGGUUCAAGUUUCUAAUCAAGGGCGUCCCAAUAGCUUGCUUCUUAAGAAACAAUUUGAACUGCAUGUGGUAAAGGUUGAUUGCUCCACUAGAAUUCUAGAUGAAGAGGAAAUCAAGGUGCACGAGGUCAGUUAUGUUCGAGAAGAUCAGGAUCAGCCCAGCGUUAUUCAAGAAGAUCAUGACCAAACCAACGUUACUCAAGAUGAUCAUAUACAGUCUACUGAUUUACUGAAAGGUCAAAACCAGUCUGACGUUAUCCAAGAACAUGAUGAUAAGUCCACCAAUGUUGUGGAUGACGAUAAAAUGAAACCUUAUGAAAUCAGCAAUGAUCAGAAACUUAUGGUUUUACCUGGAGAGGAAAUAGAACUACACAUCAUCAAUAAUAUCCAUACUCCUAGAGUUUCACUUACUGAGGAAGAAAAAGAACAACAAAUGAUCAACAAAGAUCAAAUUGACAAGGUUACAGUCCAGAAUGAAAUAGAACCACCUGCCAUAAAUCAGGAGUUGACUGUCAAAAAGUUUUCCAAAGAAGGCAUCAAAGAAGAUUUUGAUUUUGAUCAGAUAAUCAGUGUUGAGGAAAAAGAACACUAUCAGCUACAUAUCAUUGAUUAUGGUGUGUACGGAGAGGAAUGUCAUGAAGAAUAUGUUUAAAGGUUGAGACACCAGUACAAUCAAAAGAGUACUGUCAGGGAACUUACUCUGAUAAGUAUAAUGUCAACAAGCCGAUACUCAACUCAUGUACAUUUGAAUUUGAGCUGAACACAGAUGGUCCUAUUUUGUACCCGCUAGGAACACCAACAACACUGGCAGACAUACUCAGCAGGGGUCAAUAUUAUAGCUUGCCUCGCUCUGUUGGUAGCUUUUUACUUAAGCAGAAAUAAGGCUUUAAACGGAUUAAAACCCCCAUUAAAUGUAUUAACCACUGUGUCUAUUUUUAUUAUUUUUGAAUUCAAAUUUAUAUUAGUUUUUAUUCAUGUAAGUCAGUGUUCAAAAUGUUGUUAUUUAUGUAUUUCCGUACAAAAGAACCUAUUUAAAAAUUGGAAGUAUAAAUAUUGAAUAAUGUUUUCUAAUGCCUGUCUUUCUAUGCUUUCUAACAACAUGUUUGUUUUAACCAUAAAAUUAUAUUUUUUGUUUCCAGUUUUAAAAUGAUAAUGUUUUUUUUCUGUUUCUGUUUCAUUUUAAAACGAAAAAUAUUUUUUUCCGUUUUCCGUUUUCCGUUUCAAGAUGGAAAACAAUCAUUUUCCGUCUGCCCUCUGACAAUUUCAUUUAAUUUCUGUCUUUCCAAGUUACACUAUAAAUGAUGGAUUUUAGCACGGGGGGGGGAACAAGAUUUUCCUGUUCCCCCUCCCCUCCUCCCCUAAUUUAGUCUUAUACGGAAAACGAAUUUUUUAGUUUCUCGGUUAGAAAACAAAAUCGAUUUUUUCAUAUU